UGGUGGCCUGAACACGAAAACUACGGGGAUAAGGUCGAUGCGCGAGAUAUCCCUCUGUUAUAUCUCGAGACGAAGAUUCAAAACGCUCCUGUGGGGUCACCUCAAAGACAAGAAGCUCAGAAGAAUCUGCUUGAGGAAAUAAAUCACAGGAAACAAAUCGAUCAGAACAUUAUAGAGAUUCUUAGACUUUCACUCAAAAAAACCGAUGUCUUAGAUCUCUUAACUUCCACAAGAACAACAGGACAACCUGUUGUAGAUGAUUGGGACUGCUACAAGACUCUGGUUAAAAGUUUCAAGAAUCAAUGUGGAGCAAAGAUGGAAUACGAUAUGAAGUAUGCAGGAGCACUUGCCAAUAUCUGCAAUAUGGGAGUGGAUGUGAAGAAAAGUGUUGCAGCUAUUGAAGAAGCUUGUGCCCAUUAAAUUAUAUGCAAAAAAUAAUAUUGUGAUCGCCUUAUAAAUAUAUGAAAGUUAUUGCAUAACAUUUGAUUGUGUGGAGAUGGUUGAUGCCUAUUUUACUUGAUAACGCGAAAGUCUUGGUCUUAAAUUGGAUUCAUAGUAUAAUAACCUCGUACCAAUUCUAGUUUCAAGAAUUCACGCGAAAGUCUUGGUCUUAAAUUGGAGAAUGAGUAAGUGAUCGGAUAAGGCUCGGCGGCACUCGAGUCAACAUCUCGUAUUCACGUGUUAUGCUU